AUGGCUGUGACUGUUGCGGCAACUGCUGAAGGACCCUGGCCUAGUACGACGCCCACGCUCUCGCCCACGCCCACGCUGAUCCUGCAAUGGCAUGUGAUCUAUUGCCCGCUGAGCGGGCCCAUGUCCGCGGCCGAGCUGGCACGCGCGAUCGGGCUGCAAAGGGAGUGGGAGCAGGUUGCGAUGGAGUCUCUUUCUGACGAGGACGAGGACGAUGUCGAUAUGUGA